UAGUAACUUAGGACCCUAUGGUUAAACCUAAUCAGGCAUGUUUUCACUUUGAUAAGGCCAAUACGUUUUGUCCUAGUUAAUUUAUUUAUUUCCUAGUUAAUUAAUUAUUUAAAAUAUGGACGAGCAGCAAUUUAAAGAAUGGGUCAUGAACGAGCUAUCAUCACUACUGACAUUUGUUGUUACAGAAGAUGUUGUCAACAAUAUAUGCUUGAUCGAGUCAGCCAGAGAUCUUGAGGUGCACCUAGCAUCAUUGUUGGACCUAACAAACCCGAACCACAAGAACUUUGUUCAGAAUCUACUUGCAAAACGCCAGUCAUUAAUAUCACGAGGUUAUAAAAAGAAAGAGUAUGACAACUAUUUACAAACAUGUAAGGCGACAGACAAAAGUAAAAAAAAAGGUGUCAAGCAGAAACAGGAGAAAAAAACACAAGAAACUUCUCAAGACAUAGAACAGAAGACCAAAGAUAAGAAGACAAAGUUUGUAAAUUUCUUUUCCCAUGAUAAUGUUGUCCUUUUACAAGGUCGUCACUUGUGCAACUGUCAGGCCUCGAAGCAUUCUCUCAUUAACAACUGCUUGAAAUGCGGCAGGAUAGUUUGCGAGCAAGAGGGUCCAGGUCCUUGCAUGUUCUGUUCCAAAAUGGUCUAUCGUAGAGGCGAGAACUCCAACAACAACACACUAUCUGAUAAGUCGUUAGAAGGCGCAUUGGAACUUAGGGACAGACUUCUAGAAUAUGACAAAUCUAGUGAGCAGAGGACAAAAGUCAUUGAUGAUGAAAGCGACUAUUUUUCAACAAAUUCAGUCUGGCUCCCGAAGGAGAUGAGGGAGGAACUUAAGAGGAAAGAAGAGGAACUGCAAGCGCUAAAACAUUCCAGGGCCAAACAUUUGAUUCUUGAUUUCACUGGCCGCUGCAUUGUCGAUGAUGACUUUAGGACUUUGAACAAGGAGAACAGCAUUCUGGAAGAAUUAUCUGGCAUGAUGCACAGUAUGAAUGUGAAAGACGUACCAAAUGAUAAUUUAGACCCAAAAUCCACCGAGUAUAUCGAACCGAUUUACUUACCAACUUCUCAGAAAGAAUUGAUAGGAACUUGUUGGCAUGCUUCAUCAGGUAGAGUCCAGGACAAAGAAGUCUUGGAGAUGUCAGACUUGGGUGUUUGCUUGAGCAUGCACCAACCCUGGGCCACACUUCUCGUAGCUGGCAUAAAAAAACAUGAAGGACGUUCUUGGUACACCUCGCACAGAGGCCGACUUUGGAUUGCAGCUGCAGGUAAACAGCCUACAAAAGAAGACAUCGAAGAGGUCCAAGACCAAUACAGAAAGCUUAGAGGAGAUAAUGUCAAAUUUCCAUCAAAGUAUCCAGUAGGUUGCCUUCUCGGAUUUGUAAAUGUCGUAAACUGCCUUGCACAAGAAGAAUAUAGGGAACAUUUCCCAUACGGGGAAUCUGAUGAGCCAUUUGUAUUCAUAUGUGAGAAUCCAACACCAUCGCCAGUACUUUUUCCAAUGAAAGGGAAACACAAAAUAUACAAAUUGGACACAAAGAUACAUCAAGCAGCUGCACAGUGUAUACAGAGGCUGGCUAAUAAGUAGAAUAAAAAAAAUUCAUAAUAAACAAUAAUUAUUUAA